GGAUUUGGAUUAACAUCUCUCUUCGUAGACUGUUUGAGAGAGAGAAAAGAAAAACAGAAAUCAUGGGCAAGUUUUUCCCGGUGGCGGCAUGGGGGAUGAUGACAGCAGCUAAAUCCUGCGAUUCAUGCAAAUCCGCAGCUGCCAUCCUUUUCUGCCGUACAGACUCUGCUUUUCUUUGCGUCGGAUGUGAUUCCAGGCACCACCAGAUUUCUUCAUCGGCGGCGCGUCAGGUUAAGCACGAGCGUGUAUGGAUGUGUGAGGUUUGUGAACAAGCUCCGGCAAGUUUCACUUGCCGUGCUGAUGCAGCAGCUCUUUGCAUCACCUGCGACCGUGACAUCCAUUCCGCUAACCCCUUAGCAAGCCGUCAUGAGCGUCUUCCGGUUACUUCUUUCUAUGAAACAGCUGAAUCCGUCCUUCUUAAAUCUUCAAUCGCCGCCACCUUCAACUCCGGCGAAUCCCAACCUGACCCGUCACUUAAAAUAUGCCCAGAUACUAUGUUUUGUGACAAUGAUCAAUAUCUUGACUUUGAUAGUUACAGUAGCCUCUCUCUCCAGAACUGUGGGAGCGACAGCGUGGUUCCUGUUCAACAUCAAAUCAAAAGCACAAAUUCUCCGCCGCCGGCGAUGAUCAAUCCUACCGGACCGGCGGAUCGCUAUUUCGAGAUUGAUUUCUCUAACCCUCAAUCUAUAAGUCACAGCGUCUCUACUUCGUCCAUGGACGUCGGAGUUGUGCCGGAGGGAAGCUCUAUAUCGGAGAUAUCGUAUCCUUUAGGCAAGAUUAUUGGAUCGGGUUUUGAUUUAGACGGGUCAAUGAACCCGAUUCCAGCUCAGGGUAGUGAUAGACAGGCUAGAGUUAUGAGAUACAGAGAGAAACGAAAGAACCGGAAGUUUGAGAAAACGAUCCGAUACGCAUCGAGAAAGGCCUACGCGGAGACCCGACCAAGAAUCAAGGGUCGGUUUGCUAAACGAACCGAUGCGGGUCCGGAUGAAAUGGACCCGAUAUUCAUAUCCGGGUCGUCCGCUUGUUUCAUGGGUGGAUACGGUGUUGUUCCUUCGUUCUGAUGGUUCUUUUGGUGAUAGUAUGAUUAUAAGGCCUCGUUUGACUCUCAAUUAUAUUUAUCAAUUAGAUUUUAAGUAAUUGCACUAUUAUGUAUGGCGUAAGCACCAUUUUAUAUCCUUUACUGUUAGUUGGUGUUUUUGAUCGGCAAGUAUUCACCGUCGAUUUGAUGCUGCGCUUGAGUAUUAUUGGAAAAGCUCGGUCUCAUGUUACGAAUCCAACAACUUUUCCUCUAAAGUUAGGAGUAUUAAUGUAAUUAAACACCUCUCUCAAACUGAUUAAUUCUCUUGAGUUUAUU